GCCAUUUGAUACCAUUUCCUAUAUAUAUGUAUAUAUAUAUAAGUUCCAUAAAGAAAUCGGAACCGGCGAGCCAAUAUGGCGGCUUAUAGAUCGGACGACGACUACGAUCUCUUAUUCAAGGUGGUGUUGAUCGGAGAUUCGGGUGUUGGCAAAUCGAAUUUGUUGUCCAGAUUCACGAAGAACGAGUUUAGCCUUCAAUCAAAAUCCACAAUCGGAGUUGAAUUCGCCACCCGAAGCAUUCGGGUCGAUGAUAAGGUCAUCAAGGCCCAGAUUUGGGACACUGCCGGACAAGAAAGAUACCGGGCAAUCACGAGUGCGUACUAUCGAGGAGCCGUCGGUGCAUUGCUUAUCUAUGAUGUCACUCGGCGUGUCACAUUCGAGAAUGUUGAGAGAUGGUUGAAUGAACUACGGGCUCACACGGAUUCCAGUACCGUGAUUAUGCUUGUUGGUAACAAGGCAGACCUGCGACACUUGCGUGCCGUUUCCUCCGAGGAUGCCACGGCAUUCGCCGAAAGAGAAAACACCUUCUUUAUGGAGACGUCUGCUCUCGAGUCAACGAACGUUGACAAUGCAUUCACCGAGGUGCUAACUCAAAUAUUCCGGGUUGUCAGCCGAAAAGCACUCGAAGCAGGCGAUGAUCAUGCAGCAUUGCCUAGGGGACAAAGCAUCAAUGUUGGAGGGAAGGAUGAUGUUUCCGCCCUCAAGAACACUGGCUGCUGUUCCGCUUAGCCGUCGGGUGAUUUCGGUGUCCUAGUUUCCUCCAUUUUUAAUCUAUUCAAUCACAAGACUUUCCUCAUUGUUUUAGGAUCCUUAAGCUUCCCUGAGAUUCGAGUUUCUCAUGGUUCUUUUAGGGCAUAUUUCUUCCUGAUGUACUGUUCCAUUUCUUAGUUCCUAUAGCUUUAGUUGAUUGAUUAGAAUACAUAGUCCUUU